UUUCCCUAACGUGUUACAAAUAACUUUGCAAAUAAGCAAACAACUACAAACUUGACAUUGGCUAAUCUUUGUAAAGCCAGACGAGAGAGGAAAAAAAAAACUGUUGGACAAGCAAGAGCAAGAGUAAAGUACACUUUUAUUUAUCUGAGUGUAACAAUUAAAUGAAUUAAUUUCAAAGAACUGAGGAAGUAUUGCAAAAUUUACAAAAGCACCUAUGGAAAAUAGCAAUCAAAUAGUUCCGCCGCAUUUAAAUGCCGAAGCUUAUAGAACGUGCACAUCAGGAACCGGCACACAACCUUAUCUCGACUAUAUUCAUAUUAAUACUGGGGGAACUGCACUUGUAGGGUGUUCAGAACUAACAGGACGAUACUGGAAGGGUGGUGCCAGUAUUUGUGCUAAAUGGUCAGAAAAUAAAAGUAAAAGGACUCCGAAAAAAGACAUUUAUCUCUCAAGUGGUUCUGCAGCUGGGUGCUUUAUUGAGAAUUCAAAUAAGGUAUUGCUUUGUGAAGAUAGUGGAGCUUUAAGCAUAUGGACAUGCAAUGUUGACGAUGCAUGGAAUGAAUGGAGUGAAGACAUGUCAGUGGCUGAACAUGAUGGUGCAGUGCUGGCAGUGGACUGCCUUGACCCUGGCAAUCAGUACGUCACAGUUGGUGAUGAUGGAAACAUUAAGGUGUGGGAUAUCACAGACUUAAUAUGUGUACGAAAUUACAUUGCAGCACAUAACAAAUCGAUUUAUGGAGUUUCAGUCAGACCACAAUCAGGAUGUAGUUUUGCAACUGGAUCUUUAGAUUAUUAUGCAUCUUUAUGGGAUGAAAAUGUUGUUAAACCAGUUUUAGAUCUAGCUAAAAAUAACUGUGGCAUCCGUUGUUUGCAAUGGCUGGAUGAAAAUCGCCUCUUCUUUGGCGACGAAGCAGGAACAUUGACGCUGAUUGAUGUUAGGAAUCCCGAACAAGCGACUAAACUAGCCGAAUUCCCGGCAGCAAUCCAUAAAAUAUGUGUUCAAGCUGAAUGCAAUCGAAUUUCUGUAUGCUGCGAUAACAAAAUAUUAUCGGUCUUCGAGUUCCACGACGAUUGUAAUUUAAAGUUGAUUUAUGAAAACAGAAGUCUGCAUAGUAAUCACAUCAGAGGAAUGGCUUGGGAUGUUGACGACAGAAAUGUUUUACACACUGUUGGAUGGGAUAGCGAAAUAAGAACCCACAAAAUAAGUACUGUUUAAAAAUUUAUUUAUUAAUAAGUAAAUCCAAAAAAAAAUAUUUUAUGCAUAGGAUUCAAAAGCAUUCCUUACUGUUCUGCAUCUGAAUUUAUAAUGAGCAAAUAAAAAAUUUAAUGAU